AGGCUCCUGGAGCCUGGAGAGAGGGUGCGAGGGCGAGCCUUCGCCGGACCACGCCUGCGCUCAUGGCGCCCGCCGCCCUCUGGGCCGCGCUGGCCGUCGGACUACAGCUCUGGGCCGCGGGGCACGCCGUGCCCGCCCAGGUUGCAUUUACAACCUAUGCCUCGGAUCCCUGGAACGUGUGUCAGAUGAAAGAAUUCCAUCACCAGACGGCCCAGGAGAACUGCAGCGAGUGUCCACCUGGCUGCCGUGUGAAAGAAUCCUGCACCCAGACCUCAGACACUGUGUGUGUCCCAUGUGAGGACAGCACAUACACCCAGCUCUGGAACCGGGUCUCCAGAUGUUUAAGCUGUGACUCCCGCUGCAGCCAUGACCAGGUGGAAACGAAGCCUUGCACUGCAAAGCAGAACCGCGUCUGUGUCUGCAAGCCUGGACGCUACUGCGUGCUGAAGAAGCAGGAGGGCUGCCGGCUCUGCACUCCGCUGCGCAAGUGCCGCCCUGGCUUCGGUGUGGCCAAACCAGGAACUGCUACUUCAGAUGUGUUGUGUGCCCCCUGCGCCCCGGGGACAUUCUCUGACACAACUUCAUCCACAGAUGUUUGCAGGCCCCAUCGGACCUGCAGCUUGGUGGCCAUCCCUGGCAAUGCAAGCAUGGAUGCUGUCUGCUCAUCUGUGUCCCCCACCCUGAGAGUGUCCCUGGAGCCAGCACCCACGAGAUCCCAGCAAGGACCCACUCUGGGUUCCAGUACAGCGCCAAGCACCUCCUUCCUGCUCCCCAUGGGAAGUGCCCCGGCUGAAGGGGUCAGCGCUGGUGACAUUUCCCUCCCAGUCAGUGUGAUUGUGGGUGUGACAGCCUUGGUUCUGUUGAUAAUAGUACUGGUGAACUGUGUCAUCGUGACUCAGAAGAAAAAGAAGCCCUCAUGCCUGCAAAGAGAAGCCAAGGUGCCUCAUCUGCCUAAUGAGAAGGCCCGGAGUGUGCCAGGCCCCGAGCAGCAGCUCCUAUUGACCACUGCACCCAGCUCCAGCAGCAGCUCCCUAGAAAGCUCGGCCAGCACCGAUGGGAGGGCACCCACUGGGAACCAGUCGCAGGCACCAGGCGCAGAGAAGGCCUGCGGGGCCUCGGAGGCCCGGGCCAGCUGCGGGAGCUCAGCAGAGUCUUCUGGCAGCCACGGCACUCAGGUCAACGUCACCUGCAUUGUGAACGUCUGCAGCAGCUCCAGCCAUGCCUCGCGGUGCUCCUCCCAAGCCAGCUCCAUGACAGGAGACACAGAUGCCAGCCCCUCGGCUUCCCCGAAAGACGAGCAGUUCCCCUUCUCCAAGGAGGAAUGUGCCUCUCAGACCCAUCUGGAGACUCCAGAGAUUCUGCUGCGGAGCCCAGAAGAGAAGCCCGUGCCCUUUGGUGUGCCUGAUGCUGGAAUGAAGCCCAGUUAACUAGGCCUGAUCCCUGGCAGGGUGACCCUGUGAUGGGGUCCUGGGCCUUCUAGGCCCCCACCCUCAGGACUCUGUAACUCUUUCUAGGCCAAGUUUCUUUAGUGGCCCCCAUAGCCUCAGUCUCCCUCUCACCCGUGGGCUGAGGGGUGCGACAGAGAAAGCCUCUGUGUCCCUCUCGAAAGGCUGGCCUGUGUACCAAUUGCAGGACAGCCUGGGGCGAGUCCUUGCCUCUCUGUGGCCUGCACCCCAGCUGGACUGGUGAGCUUGGCUUCUGGAGCCCUUGGUGUUUUCUUUUUGUUACCCCUGGGUUCUGACCUGACUCUGGCUUCCAGAAAACUCUAGCAUCCUCCCCUCUAUGGGGUCUUCCUAGGAAAGAGGGAUGUUUGCAUGAGUUAUCCAUCAAGACUGGAUGGUGCAUCAGCCUGAACGCUGAGACUGUAGGACAGUCCCAGUAGGGCUGGGGCAGUGGGGGAUGGCUGGAAGGCCAUAGUCAGAUGGUUCUGGGCCAGGAGGUGGUGGCAGCUAUAUGGAGAAGGGAGGGUCCCUCCGGAAUCACCACCUCCAAAUUCAAUUCUGCUAUCUUUCCUUUUUUUUACCACAGUGUGAAAAUCUGAUUCCCACUGGGUCCAGGCAGGCAGCCUUAUUUAGUGCUAUGGCCUGGAUGACAUGACAAACUUCCAACUGAAAAAUCUUACAAUUUUAACAUGUAGCAAAUUUUUUAAAAAGUAAGUACUAUGUAAGCAAACAAGCCAACAGCAAAUGAAUCCAGACUCUGGGCGUCACGUACAGCCUUUCCCCUGCUGUUGCACCCUCUGCCUUCUUUCCAGGCCCUGCCAGGGUCCCAACCCUCAUCCCUCCCUGUCUGGGGAGGUCCUCCAAGGCCACGGCUAUCAGGGAAUUUCUAGAACUGGAGAUGAUUAAAGCCCCCUAGCCAUCUCUCUCCUCCUACCUCAGCUUGAACCUUCCUCCUGCUUGGGGAGGAGUGUACUCCUCACCCCACCCUGUCCCCACUCCCUAGCCCCGGAGAGGCCUGCCAAGCCACUCUGGUAUGUGGCGACUGUGAUCCUGCGUGGAUGUGAGAAGCCGAGCGCCAAGACUUGUGUCUGUGCCUGUGCUGUGUGCCGUGGGUCUGUGUGCCCAAGGUGGUCAGGCUGAAUGACCUGCCUCUAAGCAGCUAAAGCUAACAAUUUUGCCAGUGCACUCUUCGAGAGUCAACCCGCCUGCCUCCAGACAUGUACCCAGAGCUCUGCAGAGGGUGAACAUGUAGGGCUUUGACCAUCGUUCCAAUUUUAGUAUAAUGUGCUGCCCAAGCAAGCACUUUGACCAGAAAGAAGGGAGAUGAGGGACUCUGAGAGGCUGGUUCAGUCUCGGGUACUUGAAUCUCAUGUUCAUAAAUUCCACUGGACUUGAACUUGGCAGCUGAACUACUGGAGGGUGGGAGAGCCCCGCUGUUAUCACAGAGACAAAGAGGUCUUCCCACCCUGGGAUCAAGGUGGAGUCGGACAGAGUGCCUGCACCGGCCGCGGCCGCCCUCAUUGGACCCUGCACGGCGAUGGAGUGCGUCCGCCCCCUGGCGGGCAGUCCUGGGAGCACCUCAGGCUUCCUCGUGUCCCAGAGCAGAGCCGGGCAGCGAUGGAUCGUAAGGAGGCUUUCUGGGUGUGGCCUCUGUUCCCCGACUUGUAUGGAUGAUCCCAAGACGAUGAGAGUUUGGACAGCAUUCCUGCUUAUAAAUAAACCUUUUGUUUGUUUGUUU